UAUAUGCGCCACCCUGUAUAUGUUUCAUAUUACGUUUUCUUACAUUCAGAUGUCACGAUACAGAGCUCCGUUCCACCAGUUGCGUUUAUCUUAUGGUAAUAACAAAGGGAAAAAUUACACAGAAGAAGAGGAUCGUUUUCUUGUUUGUAUGUUACAUAAAUUGGGAUUUGACAAAGAAAACGUUUACGAAGAUCUGCGAUCGGCUGUUCGUUCAUCACCACAGUUCAGAUUCGAUUGGUUUUUAAAAAGUCGGACCGCCCUGGAACUUCAGCGUCGCUGUAAUACGUUGAUCACUCUAAUUGAACGCGAAAAUCAAGAACUCGAGGAGAAAGAGCGCCUUGAAAAGAAGAGAAAACCAGGUAAAGCCAAUUCAACGCAAGCGAGUGCCACAACAAGUUUAUCCACAUCAAAUCAACCGAAAAACAAUCAAAAGCGCAAGAGCGAUGUUACUAUAAGCCAAGACAGUAAAUUGACCAAAAAGAAAAAGAGAUAAAUAAUACGAUCAUAUAAUUGAAAUUACAAGCUGUUGUUGCUUCUUGUGGAACUCACAUUCAUCUAAUCAGAGAUGUAAUGUAAAUUAGUUUUGGGAAAAUUUUAUUUCAAAAUUCCUUUUGGUAUGCAACAAAUUGCUGCCAGCAAUAAUCAAACAAUCAAAAUUUAUUAAAUGCGAAACCAUUAAAAAAAGCACAAAAGAAACCAAAUCUAAUCAAAAAAAAAAAAAAA